AUGAGUUCCAAGUCAGUUGUGCCACGGUGGGCGUGCUGUCUCAGAGGAGGCGGCAGUAGUUCAAACUUCCCCAUGGGGUCACUAGGGAGCGCACAUAACACAGCAUCCAUGGGAUCAUGUCACUCCUCUGUCCUAAACCCUCCCGUGACUCCCCAGUGCUGUUAUGACACCCAGCUCCUCACCAUGGCCUUGCUGGGGUGGCCCCUGGGACGCCUCUGUCGUCAUCUCCCACCCGCACCCCAAUGCUGUCUCCACUGCCCUCUGACCACUCCGCCAGGCUCCUGCCCCAGGGCCUCUGCCCACACUGCCCGCUCAGCCCAGAGCCUUGCACAAGGCCUGCUUUCCACCUCAGCUUCUGGGGACCCUUGGCGAAGCCUUUCCUGCCUGCUCAGCCCCAGUCCCUCCUUGUCACAAUUGUUCCUGUCCUCAGGGACACGGCACUGUCUGAAGGCACGGUGGGUGUUCAUUUACUUUCUGUUUUUCUGCCCCUGGGGCGGGAACUCUCAGGACUCUGUCCUCGUGCAGUGUCCCCAGCACAUGGCACCCGCUGCCACCCUGUCCACAGGGCCCAGUUGUCCUUGUCAUCGAAACGGCUGGUGGGGGUGCUGCACACAGCCAAAAUGUCCACUCCAGACUGCCGUCGCCCUCCCAGCCCUCGCCCCGCCGUCGCUGGAGACCUUAAGCCAGCCACAUAUUUGGACGCGUGCCCUGGGUGGCCACCAGGCAUCUCUAGUUGCCCUGUCCAAGCCCAGGUUCCUAAUGUCCACUCUGCAACCCGCCUGGCAUCCCCUAAGCACCCCCGAUUUCCUUAUCUUCUCAGGUUACAAACCUAACGGGUCUCCUGGGGUCAUCUCUCCCUCACCUCCUACAGCAGACCCGGGCAGCCCUGAGUUGGAAACACCCAGAGCCCAGCUAUUUCUCACCACCACAGCAUGACUCCUCAGGCCCAGCAGCACCGAUCUGGCUUCUGGCCCUUUCCCCCACCCGGUGGCCUGACAUCCCUAGCAGGGCAAUCCUCUUAAAUGAAACCCACCCUGGAUCAGGCCACUCCUCUGCCCAGAGCACUCCAGGGCUCCCAUCCUGGUUGAAGCCAGGUCCUGUCCAACCAGGCCAGCCCCCUCCUCACUCUGCUCCAGCCACCCAGGCCUCCUGGCUGUUCCACCAACACGCUGGGCACAGUCCUGCUGCCCCAGGGUCUUUGCACGGGCUGUGCCCUCUGCUCAGAUAACAGUGCCCAUUCUGAUGCGCUCUCGCCGUCAUCUAGACCUGACCUCGAGCGUCCCCUCUUCCGGGUGAUCAUCCCAGCACUGCCACUUCCUUAUCCUGACACAUUCUCCACCUUUCCAGGCAUUGUCCAGCGCCCCGUGCGCAUUCACGGAUUGUCCCCCGACUACAUCGUCCCCCUUGAGGGCAGGACUGGUUCUUGGGAUCUCCAGGGCCUUCACUAGCACUUACGGGAAUAGUGGGAAGUCACCGCACAUCCCUUUUCCCAGCCCAGCAUCCUUCGCACGUGGCCCUGAGCAGAGCUCUGCUCUUCCUGGUGGCCUCUGUGUCCUUCUAAAAAGCCCCUGGGCUGAUUUCUGGCUGAACCUAGUUUGCUGUGAGGAUUGAAAGGUGGAGAAAUGGGCCGGGGGCAGGGGCUCAUGCCUGUUAUCCCAACACUGUGGGAGGCCGAGGUGGGCGGGUCACCUGAGGCCUGGACUUCAUGACCAGCCUGACCAACAUGGCGAAACCCCGUCUCUAUUAAAAAUACAAAAAUCAGCUAGGCAUGGUGGCGCACGCCUGUAGUCCCAGCUGAUCGGGAGGCUGGGGCAGGAGAAUCGCUUUAACCCAGGAAGUGGAGGUUGCACUGAGCCGAGAUCGUGCCUGGUGGACAGAGACUGUUCCAAAAACACAAGAAAGGUGGAAAAAGCUUUGUGAUGAGCUGCUUGCCAUGCGCCCUGAGGGUGUGCCCUCCCCCCUGCCCCCCGUUCCAGCGUUUGGGAAACACCUUCUAAGUGUACCGUUGUCCCAUGUGCUGGAGAGGCAGCAGGACUGUGCACCUGGGGGUGGCCGCAGUGACGUGGAGUGUCUGGAGGGUCCCCAGGACGAGCUUGCCCUUAGCACUGUGGACACCGGGGCCACAUUGAUCUCUGGGGUGGGGCCACUGUGGACACUGCAGGGCGCUGAGCAGCAUUCCUGGCCUCCGCCCCCUCUCCACCUACGGGCUUCCCCCAGUUGUGACAACCACAGAUGUCCCCAGAUAUGGACUAAUGUCCCCUGGGGGCAGGUCAUCCUCACUGAGAACCCUGGGUUAGACCCUCAAACUGUGGUUUGUCAUAGACCCCCUGGGCGUCAACUGAAAAACACCUUGGCCUGGGCUGCACCCAGGAAUCCUGCCUCGGGGCAGCAUCUCGAGGUUUCUCACGGCCAAUGGGAUGGGACUGCCAUCCACCAACAUGUGAAACCUGUGGCUGCAGGAUUCGGUGGCUCACGCCUGUCAUCCCAGCAUUUUGGGAGGCCAGGAUGGGCAGAUUGCCUGAGGUCAGGAGUUCGAGACCAGCCUGGGUACUUGGGACGCUGAGGCAGAGCAUUGCUUGAACCCAGGAGGCUGAGGUUGCAGUGAGCGGAGAUAGUGUGCCUGCAUACAUCUUGAGAUGCAAGACUCCAUCCCCUCCCCAAAAAAAAAAAUUCCAGGCGCAGUGGCUCACGCCUGUAAUCCCAGCACUUUGGGAGGCCGAGGCGGGUGGAUCACCAGAAGUCAGGAGUUUGAGACCAGCCUGACCAACAUGGGAAAACCCCAUCUCUAUUAAAAAUAAACAUUUAAAAAAUUAGCUGGGCGUGGUGGUGCAUGCCGGUUUUCCCAGCCACUGGGGAGGUUGAGGUGUGAGGAUCUCGAGCCCAGUGGGAUGAAGCUACAGUGAGCCACGAUCAAGCCACUGAACUCCAGCCUGGUGGCCAAACAAGACCCUGUCUCCAAAAAAAAACAAACCCUAUAGCAGUCCUGUGAGAUUCUGCCCUCAAGGGACAAACCACAGCUUCUAGAGGAAACUCAGGCCCUCAGGACUGGGGAGGGGAAAACUGGAGGCCAGGGAUGAAUCUCAGCUCCCUGCAGUGACCGGGAUGACCCCACCCCCGAGAAUCAUCCGGCUCCAACAUCCACACUGCCAAGCGGGGGACCCUAGGCCAAAGGAGGAGAGUGGAGCCAGGGGGAGGGGAGGACCACUCUGGUCAGGGUACCCGACCCCUGGAUGCCAUCUGAUUCAAUGUCACAACCACAGAUGUCCCCGGAUAUGGGCUAAUGUCACCUGUGGGGUCAACAGGUCUUGUGCUGGGUCCUUCCCCAUGUGCACUGCGGCCCCAUGCCCUGUGGGCCCCUUGGAUGCCAUCCCAGCAUCAUCUGCCCCAGCCACAGCACCGCCUUUCUGCUCCCGGAACAACCGAGCUGCCCCCUCCACCUCGGUAGCUUCCUUUCCUGCUGUCGCUGCCUUCCUGGGGGCUUUACACAACUGUCUCCCCAUUGGUCAGGACAGCGCCCAGGGGGAAUGGCCUUCCUGCCCAGCCCACAUCCCCCUCUGCACACAGACUGUUUUGCCAUCUUUGUGUCCCCUGCCUUGGACUUUUUUGAGACAGAUUUGCUCUGUUGCCCAGGCUGGAGUGCAGUGGCGCGUUCUUGGCUCACUGCAACGUCUACCUCCUGGGUUCAAGUGAUUCUCCUGCCUCAGCCUCCCAAGUAGCUGGGACUACAAGCGCGCGCCACCGCUCCCAGCUAAUAUUUGUAUUCUCAGUAGAGACGAGCUUUCAGCCUGUUGGCCAGGAUGGUCUUGAUCUCUUGACCUCGUGAUCCACCCUCCUCGGCCUCCCAAUAUGCUGAGAUUACAGGCUUGAGCCACUGCGCCCGGCCUACCCGCUGUCUUUAAGGAUCUGAUCUAGCUCUGCCCACCUCGCCAGGACACAAGCCCCAAGAGUGCAGAGCCAUGGCCGUUGGUAACACUGAGGGACAUCAUCUCCUAGGUGCUCAGUAGGUACGUGCAGCCGGGGGAGUCCCAGGCGGGAGUUCUACAAAGUGCCCUGGGGCAGGGGCAGCAGUAGGGGGAAGCUCUUACCAGCUUGAAGCAGUCGUGGAGCUGGGCCAGAGUGUCCCUGGCUUGGAACUGGCCAUGCUGCAGGUGGCUCACUGCGUGUUCAAAUGCCCGCUGGCGGAAGCUGGGAGCCAGGUCACCCAAACGAACAAAGUAGCUCCCCUGUUCGGCUGACAGCACCUUUGGCCCGGGCUGGGAGGCAGCCAGCUGAGCUGGAAAGGAAGACAUGCUACUGUCAGGAGCCCCUCAGGGUGUUGGGGCUUGGGCUUGAUUUUGAUUAUUUAUUUAUUUUUUUUAAAAGAUGGGUUUUCACCAUGUUGCUCAGGCUGGUCUUGAACUUCCCACCUCAGGUGAUCCGCCUGCCUUGGCCUCCAAAGCGCCUGGAUUACAGACGGGAGCCACCACAUCCGGCCAGGGCUUGGGCUUUAUAAAAGUCAAGUGAAGCCAGGCAUGAUCGCUCAUGCCUGUAAUCCCAGCCUUUUGGGAGGCCAAGGCGGGUGGGUGGGCGGAUCGAUCAUGAGGUCAGGAGUCAGACCAGCCUGGCCAACAUGGUGAAACCCUGUCUCUACUAAAAAUACAAAAAAGACCAGGCAGUGGCGCGUGCCUGUAAUCUCAGCACUUUGGGAGUUCAAGGCAGGUGGAUCACAAGGUCAGGAGUUUGAGACCAGCCUGUCCAAUAUGGUGAAACCCCAUUUCUACUAAAAAAUACAAAAAUUUUCUGAAUGUGGUGGCGCACGCCUGUAGUCCCAGCUACUAAGGAGGCUGAGACAGGAGAAUCACUUCAACCCGGAAAGCACAGAGGCCACACUGAGUCAGCACGGCCACUGCACCCCAGCAUGGGUGAGAACAGUGAGACUGUCUCAAAAAUAAAAAGAAAACUGGGUGUGGUGUGGUGGUGCAUGCCUGUGAUCUUGGCACUUUGGGAGUCUGAGGCCAGAGAAAUGCUUGAACCCAGGAGUUUGAGACCAGCCUGGGCAGCAUAGGGAGACCCGUCUCUACCUAAAAUACAUAGCUGUACAUAGCUGGGCAUGGCGGUCCUAGAUACUGGAGAGGCUGAAGCAGUGGGAUCACUUGAGCCCAGGAGGUUGAGGCUGUAGCAGGCUGUGAACACACCACUGCCCUCCAGUAUGGACGACAGAAUAAGACCUUUUCUCUAAAAAAAAGGAAAAAGGGCUGGGCACUCUUGCAUGUAAUCCCAACAUUUUGGGAGGCCAAGGCAGGAGGAUCGUUUGAACCCAGGACCAGCCUCCUCAACAUAGUGAGAUCCCCGUCUGAAGUAAACCAAAUAAAAAAAAAAAAAAAAAAAAAAAAAAAGCA